AACGAUCCCCACGCAGCUCCUCGUCCCCACUGUCACUCCUGGAACGAUCCCCACGCAGCUCCUCGUCCCCAGUGUCACUCCGAGCAUGUCCUUGGAGCAUCUCAGAGCCCCCCACGGGGUCCUGCCCAGUGGGCAGCCGGGUCUGCAGGGACAGAUGGGGAAUGAGUCCAACACCUCAGUGUUCACCUCUACCCUAUCGGAGAGAGAAGAUCUGAUUUUUGGCACUCUCUAUUUAGUCUUUGGCAUCACAUCCCUGUCUGGCAACUCGCUGCUGCUGCUGGUGGCCCAUCAGAAGAGGGCCCAGCUGAAACCUGCCGAGUUCUUCAUCGUCAACCUGGCCAUCAGUGACCUGAGCAUGACGGUGACGCUCUUCCCCUUGGCCACGUCCUCCUUCUUUGCACACAGGUGGCUCUUYGACCAGGCUGUGUGCACUCUCUACGCCUUCUGCGGGGUCCUGUUCGGGCUGUGCAGCCUGGCCAGCCUGACGGUGCUCAGCACGGUUUGCUGCCUCAAGGUCUGCUACCCGGCAUAUGGGAGCCGUUUCUCGCGGAGCCACGCCGCGCUGCUGCUGCCCUGUGUGUGGGUCUAUGCGCUGGCCUUCGCCGCCGCGCCGCUGAACCGCUGGGGCAGCUACGGCCCCGAGCCCUACGGGACAGCCUGCUGCAUCACCUGGGACGCUUCCAGCACAGAGGCCACGCUCUAUCUCAUCUCCCUCUUCAUCUUCUGCUACCUGCUCCCCUGCCUCCUCAUCCUCGUGUCCUACGCGCUCAUUCUGUGGACGGUGCGGGUGUCCCGCAGGGCCGUGCGGCAGCACAUAUCCCCUCAGAUAUCCCUUCACACAGUCCAU